CUGAGGCUAGGGGCUGACCUUUGCUUCCCUCACUGCUCUGACGUCACCUUUGACCCGCUGCGCGCUCCCGAGGUGCAGCCAGAGCUCCGUCAGCGCGGGAGCGCGCAGCGGGUCAGAGCCAGGAGCUGCAGAGCUGCAGAGGAGCGGAGGAGAGGAGGAGCGGUCCCGGCCUGGUCCCGUGUUUCUGCGUGGGGAGUGGACCGGACCGAACCGGACCGGACCGGACUGGACUCUGCUUUGCUGGACCGGACUCUGCUUUGCUGGACCGGGCUUUUCCCCCGGUGUUCCCGGCCCUUUAUCCCGGUGUUCCCGGCCGUGCGGCUGCGCACCGGCGGUCCGGGGCCCGUCUGGACGCAGUUCCCCGUCACACAGCAGAUGAUCCCGGUGCCGCCAGUCCUCCGGAUCCGGGUCGAGGCUCCACCGGGCUCCAGCCCCCACCACCCCCCCCCCCCUCCCCCCCCCCCCCCCCCCCCGACCCCCCGGCCCACUGAGCCCCAUCAUGUUCGCCGGACGCAAGCGCAGGAAGCCGGCCCAGAAGGGGGCGCCAAGUCCAACCCGUCCAAACGCCACCGCGAGCGUCUGAACGGCGAGCUGCAGCGGCUGGCCGGGCUGCUGCCCUUCCCCGAGGACGUGGUGUCCAGCCUGGACAAGCUGUCCAUCCUCCGGCUCAGCGUCAGCUACCUGCGGACCAAGAGCUUCUUCUCAGUAACGCUGAGGAACCAGCCGCCCGGGUUCCCCAGCAGAGGCGGCGGCCAUGACGGCGGCAGCCAUGACGACGGCGGCCAUGACGGCGGCGUGCCGGAGGGCGAGCUGCUGCUGCAGGCUCUGCACGGCUUCGUGUUGGUGGUGACGGCCGGGGGAACUGUCUUCUUCUGCUCUCACACCAUCCAGGAAUACCUCGGCUUCCAUCAGGUAUUCAGCCUUCCUGUUUUCCCUCUGUGA